GCAUACAACUGCCCAAUCUGCCCCCAAGGGAUGGUCAAGGAACGGCCAGGCAUUUUACGUUGCUACUUCUGGGCGGACGCCUUGGUGGGAGGGUGUUUUGGUGUUUGAAUAGCUGCAACACUUUGAUGCUUCACAAGCUGCUGUAGUUCUCAUCUGGCUCCAGCGGCUUCCCAUGUCCUUUUUAGAUGCGUAUUUCUCGCCACAGCAGACGGGAGGUUGAAUCGAGGACGCAAUGGCAACAACAGAGGCGAAAGCAGGCGGCGGUGCGCCUGCGGAUGCAAACAAGGCGGCCGCAACCGCCAGCCCUAACCUUCCAGAUGAAGGCGCACCUGGCCCCAGCGUUGGGGCAGGUGGCGAGCCAACCGCAAGUGCCGACGACGCAGCAAACGCGGCUGCUGAGCAAACACUGCCGCUGCCCUCUAGCGCGGGCGGCGACCGCACCACGUCCUCGACAGUAACAGCAACAGCAACAUCAGCAGUGCUCCCAGCAGCAGCCAUGCCGCCGUCUGCCGCAAAAAAGAAAAAGAAGGGCACCGCCACCACCGUCAAGGCCCCGAAGCGCGCUGCCCCCAAGGGACCAAAGAGCGCCAAGAAAGGCGCCUCCGGGCCCAGGGCUGGCGGUAAGAAGCCCAAGGCCAAGAAGGAGACGGACGGCGAUGGCAGCGGCUCGGGCGAGUCCGAUAGCGGCUCCGACGACGACUCCGAGUCGGACCACGGCCCGUAUUGCCUGUGCCGUGGCCCAGACGACCACCGCUGGAUGAUCUCGUGUGAGGCCUGCGAGGACUGGUUCCACGGCGAGUGCGUCAACGUCACAAAGGACAUCGGCGAGACCCUAAUCCAGGCCUACAUCUGCCCAAACUGUACCGUCAACAAGCCCGCCGACGGCCGCGCCCGUCUCGUCACCCGCUACAAGAAGACGUGCGCCCUCAAGGGGUGCCGCCAGCCCGCCCGCGUCAUCGACCCCAAGGCCCCCAAGGCCGCUGCCGCCCAGCAGAAGCAGAGUGGCCCCGCGGUGCCCCACAGCGUCUUCUGCUCCCAGGAGCACUGCAACGUCUGGUGGGAGCAGCUGGUCAGCACCCUCCCCAGGAGCGAGGGCGCCGACGGCAGGGGGCUCACCCAGUCCGAGUUCAUGUCCCUGCUCACCAGCUCUGGCAACCGCAGGCCUUCAAGUGGUGAUACGCCUGGGAAUGGCUGGUUUGUUGGGCAGAAGCCGUUUGACGUGACUGCAGACUUCUGGGACACGCAUGACCCCAAGGACGUCUUGACCACAGAGGAGGCCGACCUCCUUGCCCGAUCGUCGGCCGAACGCCGCGGCUUGGCCGAGGAGGUGGUUUUGUGCCGCAAGAUGCUUCAGCUCAUGGAGAUUGCAGCUGCCCAGCGCCGCGAUGCCAUCACCUCGGGGCGCCUCGAAUCCGACGGCUGCGGCUACGACACCGCUAUCGACACGGUUGGCGUGCAGGCCCAGUUCGCUGCCUUCCUCCGCUCGCCCGCCGGCGAGGUGGCCUUCAAGACCGGCAAGCUCGAAAGCGGCCCUUACGUGCCGCCUCCCGUAGACGAGGAUAAUGGCAGCGAGGAGGCCGCGGCGGCUGCGGCCGCCAGCGCCCUGCUGGUCUCAUCGUCCACCUCGUACCUGGGCCCCUGGGAGCACCCGGCCACGGUGACCAAGACGUACAUGUGCGAGCGGCGCCGGUGCAAGCCGCACACUAACUGGUACGCCAUACACACGCGCCACGUGCACUUCCUGCUCAAGGAGCUCGCCGCCGAGGCGAAGGUCAAGCUGGACAUGGAGACGCGCGUGCGCAAGAACGCGGCCGUGCGCUUCUAUCGCAGGCGGGUCGAGCCGAGCUCCGUCACCCGUCUCGACAGCGACGACGGCGAGGAUGACAGCGAUGGCAGGACCGAGGGUAAAGACGGCCAGGGCAAGGACAAAGGAAAGGAUGAGGACAUGGUGGAUCAGUAGGAUCGACCGGGAUGGCGGGGCGCGGUAAUCCGCAGAUACAUUAGUGUCCUGACUUGGCAUCCAAGGCUCGCGGGCGCCCUUCAAAAGCUUCUGGAUUUGCUCUCUAGGUGUUGGAGAAUUCCAUAGCGGCGGUUGGCAGUCAUUACUUAGGGACGCAUCCACGUUCAUAUUCUUUGACCGGUAAAUACACACGCCCAUUCAUGUUGAAUACAGGCUGAUGAUUUCCAUCGGCACUUUUGAGCCUCCAAGGUUUGAUAGCCCCAAGAAAAGAACUUUUGCCUAGA